AUGUCACAAGAAUCAACGCAUACAGACGGUGCCUCAUCGCGAACAGAGCAUACACCUACUCAUGAAAUAGAACAAAAAUACGAGAACCAGGAAGAGUUACCUCAGGAUCUUGAAAAAGAUGAACAACAUAGUGCCAAUGAGUUGGCUAAAAAACCCAUGAGCGCUUAUAUUGGAGUAUGUUUCAUGUGUGUUCUUAUAGCUUUUGGUGGUUUCAUUUUCGGUUUCGAUACCGGUACUAUUUCCGGAUUUGUAAACAUGGAUGAUUUUAAACAAAGGUUUGGACAACAAAAGUCAGAUGGUUCAUAUUACUUUUCCAAUGUUAGAACCGGGUUGAUUAUUGCCAUGUUUAACGCUGGAUGUGCCGUGGGAGCUAUUUUCCUUUCAAAAGCAGCUGAUUUAUGGGGAAGAAGAUUGGGUAUUAUGAUUGCGAUGCUUAUUUACAUUGUUGGUAUAAUUGUGCAAAUCUCGUCCUCAAAUAAGUGGUACCAGAUUAUGAUUGGAAGAAUCAUUACUGGUCUUGCCGUUGGAACCUUAUCGGUUGUUUGUCCUUUGUUUAUUUCCGAGGUUUCACCAAAACACUUGAGAGGUACCUUGGUUUGUUGUUUCCAAUUGAUGAUCACCAUGGGUAUUUUCUUGGGUUAUUGUACUACUUAUGGAACCAAGAGUAGUUACUCUGACUCAAGACAAUGGAGAAUCCCAUUAGGUUUAUGUUUUGCUUGGGCUUUGUUUUUAGCUGGUGGUAUGAUUGAUAUGCCAGAAUCUCCUCGUUACCUCAUCGGUAGGGAUAAUAUUGAAAAGGCAAAGGCGUCUUUAGCAAAGUCAAACAAAGUAUCUGAGGAGGAUCCAGCAAUACUAAAAGAGGCUAGAUUGAUACAAGCUGGUGUUGAAAGAGAAAGAUUGGCAGGAAAAGCUGGCUGGAUGACUUUAAUCACUGGUAAACCAAGAAUUUUCGAGAGACUUGUUGUUGGUGCUCUUUGUCAGGCUUUGCAACAAUUGACCGGUAACAACUAUUUCUUCUACUACAGUACCACCAUUUUCCAAGCUAUCGGGUUAAAUGAUUCUUUCGAAACUUCAAUCAUUAUUGGUGUUAUCAACUUUGCUUCCACAUUCUUGGGUAUUUACUUGAUUGAAAAGAUGGGUAGAAGAAGCUGUUUAUUGUGUGGUUCGAUAGCUACCUCAAUUUGUUUCUUGAUUUAUUCAUUGAUCGGUACCCAGAGUCUUUAUAUCGAUGGCCCAGAUGGUCCCACUAAUCAAGCAGCAGGAAGAGCAUUAAUUUUCAUCACAUGUCUUUUCAUUUUCUUCUUUGCUUCCACUUGGGCUGGUGGUGUUUACUCCAUUGUUUCAGAAUUAUAUCCAUUGAAGGUAAGAUCAAAGGCUAUUGGUGUAGCUAGUGCAGCAAAUUGGAUUUUCGGGUUUUUGAUCUCAUUCUUUACCUCAUUCAUCACACAAGCAAUUCACUUUUACUAUGGUUUUGUUUUCUUUGGAUGCUUGGUUUUCUCGAUCUUUUUCGUUUACUUUAUGGUUUAUGAAACAAAGGGACUUAGUUUGGAAGAUGUUGAUGAGUUGUAUCAAAGUGGUAUACCAGCUUGGAAAUCUACCAACUGGACUCCACCAUCAGAAGAAGAAAUGGCAACAUCAACUGGUUAUGCUGCUUAUUCAAAACCACAAAAUGAACAUGUACAGGAAGAGGAUGCUAUUGAAAAUAGCAAUCAUUAG